UCAAAACACGUGCCAACUUCUAGAAAUCAAUUGUAAAUCGAAAUACAUACAUUGCGAACUGAAUCUAGAAGAAAACAUCGAUUAGAGGUGUCACUUUGGUAUCAUGGCGCUGUUGACGCAGACGUUUACGGCAGCACCGACCAACUCUAUCGACCUGCGUCUCACCGAGCUGGACCGUUUGCUGAGUCGACUGCAGCAGUCCGCCCUCCGUGCUAGCGCCGAGAGGCAAAGGCUGCUCCUUUCGAACGCGUUUGCAAGGGAGAAACUCUCUACGAGUAUUGAGCAUGCUCGCGCCCAGCUGAGCGGGCUGGAGCGGGAUGCUCUGGGCGUCAAAAUCCAUGCGCACCGCCAGGGACUGCAGGCUGACCUCAAUCGCAAGAGGGAGGUUGUGGAGGAGUUGGUUGAGAGGAUGAGGGAUCUGGAGGAGAUGGCCGGGAGCAUGUCGAAUGGUGAUAAAGAUGGCGACGAAGACGAAGAUGAUGGUGGCGAUGAUGUCCUGAGUGCCAUCGGUGUUUCUACGAGCAGCGGCACAGACGAGAUAAUUCCUACUCCGAGCGAGAGCAUGGACUCGACAUCCGUUGACUCUGCCAUACAUGGCGGCGAGCCUGCGGCAGCAACGAUUCCAUCACCGGUGCAGAGGCAUGAUGAAGGCAGCAAAGGGGCGGCUCAAGCUGCAGCUCCUCCCGUCUACAAGGGGCCGGAAACCACCACUACCCAAUCAAUACGGUCACGGGGCGCAAACCAAUCUUCCUCGGGCGGUGGUCAUGACGCCAAGACGACAGCCGCGGCGGCGACGACGGGCCACAACCUAUUUGGCACCCGCGAGAGGGAGGCGGGCGCGCUCACGACAGCGACCACCGAGGCGAUCCUCGACCAGCAGCGGGCCGAGCAGGACCAGCUGUCCGAGUCCAUGGUCAAGAUGGCCAGGAGCCUCAAGGAGUCGUCGAGGGCGUUUGCCGCCUCGCUCGAGGAGGACCAGGCCGUUAUGCAGAGGGCCGGCGAGGGGCUCAACAAGAACGAGCUCGGCAUCGAGGCCGCCACGAGGAGGAUGGGCACGCUCAGGAAGAUGACCGAGGGCGAGGGCUGGUGGGGCCGCAUGAGGCUGUACGCCAUGGUCUACGGGCUCAUGGUCGUUCUGAUAUUGUUUGUUUUUGUCAUUCCGAAGCUCCGCUUCUAGCCUUUGUCAUUGGGGGUUUUUAUGGAACUUUUAACAUCUACUAUAAUUAACGAUAACUCACAAAAGUUUGCUUCCAUCCUGGCUGGCAUCUUCAUACUCUCUAUCCCGGUUUCUACAAGAGAUUUUCCACCCUGCAGCUGAAGAUUUUUGUCUUGUUUUUUUUAUGUCCUUUACCAAGUCAGCUACACACCGGGCCUCGUGUCAUACUUCGGUUUCGGGAUGUCUCUAGGAUAGGGCAAAGAGUCAGGGUAACAAACAGAUCAUAAUAAUUACGAGGCAGCCG